CUUCCUGGGCUUUUGAUAAGCAGGGGUUCUGACUGGAAAUGGGAACCUUCAUCCAAUUAACAAAGUUUCUUCGAAAUAGUCUGCUCCGAAGUCAGGAGGCGACCUACCAGGCGUAGGUGGAACUUAUCUUAGAUAUCUAGGCAUUAUAAGGCCCUUGAAUUUUGGGCUCACUCCCCAAACAUCAACCACGCCCUCUGACAAGAUGUCUUCGUCACAGCAGCCUGCUCCCGCAGUAAAAAUAUGGUGGAGUAAUGCUACAUUCUUUGUUUUUACUCACAUUGCCGCAGUCAUAUGUGUCUACCUGAGACCUCCUACGACAGUUCCUCUAGAGACCUUGUUCAUGGCAUUCAUCCUCUGGCAACUGGCUGAUUUCGGAAUCACCAUUGGAUAUCACAGGCUUUGGUCACAUCGUACCUUCAGAGCAAAUUUGUAUGUGCGUGUCAUUUUGGCUGCUCUCGGGUCCAGUGCAUUCCAAGGGUCAAUCAAGUGGUGGUGCCUUCGACAUCGACUGCAUCAUCGCUUCACGGAUGAUCCUCAACACGACCCAUACUCAGCUACUCGUGGCUUGUUCUAUUCUCACAUGGGCUGGAUCUUCUUCAAGCCUGUGUAUGAGCGCGUCAAGUUAGUUGACCGCGAAGAUCUAGACCGGGACCCGGUUGUGAGGUUUCAGCACAAACAUUAUGUUUCUCUUGCGAUUUUUUCCGGGUACAUAGUUCCCGUAGCCCUGGGUUAUCUUUGGAGAGAUCCAGUGGGUGCCUUCAUAUACAGUGGCCUAGUCACCAGGCUUCUCGUUUGGCACUGCACUUUCCUUGUGAACUCGCUGGCCCACUGGGAUGGGCUACAACCAUACUCAGAUGAAGAUACGUCCAGGGGUAAUAUUGUGUUGGCUAUCCUGACUGGUGGGGAAGGAAAUCACAACUUCCAUGCAUUCCCUCAUGACUAUCGUUCUGGCCCUUCUCGACUGGAUUGGGAUCCUUCAAAAUGGAUUAUCGCUGCUCUUCACUUUUUGGGACUCGUAAAGAGUGUCCGACGGGCUAGACCGGAAGACAUUCACGAAGCUAGAUUCUACAUGCACCAGAAGACUCGCUGUGGAAUCACGGACAGUGACAGCCACAAUAAGUGGUCUGAGGUGGAAUGGAAUUGCGAACAAGCCAAGGCGUAUAUUACCGGGCGACCAGGCACUUGUUUACUCGUUAUCGAUGGUUUCUUCGUCGACGUUUCCAAUUAUCUUGGAGAACACCCAGGGGGAACAAAGUUGUUUCGAGACUACUCAAGAAUAAGCAUGGACGACAAUGGGAAGGAGAGAUGGAGAGAUUCUUCGUGGGCUUUUGGAGGUGGGCUGAACAACCACGGUCGUGCGGCGAAGCGCAAGAUGCGCGAGUUACGAGUUGCAAGAAUUAGCGACGAUAGUGUAUUCUGCAGUUAGAUCCUAGUGUAAUGAAUGGACAUUUUUAGCUCUCUAGAACGAGCACAAUAUCUGGCAGGGUCCCGCAUAUCGGAUCACUCCUUGGACAUUGCGAUUCGCGACGCCAGCCAAUCACGUGAC